GGGAUAACAGGGGAGAUCACUGCCGUCUGGUGAUAUCACAUGUGAGCACGGGGGAAUUUAUUCCUCCUCGCUCUCGGCUUCCCUUAACCUCCCUUCCCCACCUAGAAUACGACAGCGAGGAGUCAACACCACUUCCCCAGAAAGCAAACACACCGUAGGGGAAGGAAGCUAGUGAGCUCAUGAAUCACUGCAGUUGUACCCCAGGGCCUCAAAACCCUGACAGAGCAAAGAGCAUCUGCAAACCUGCCGUCCUUUCUCCCGGGAGGUGGGGCGCGUGCUCUCGGCCCUCUUAGUGGAGAGGUGUGGGAGGAGCACUCCGCAGCCCCAGCACAUUUGCAAACCGGUUGACAGAGUCGAGCCAACUCCCUUUACUGGCAAGAACAGACAGACACAGAGCACAAAGCUACAACACUGGCACCCCCAGGCAAGCCAAAGCAUAGAUGACCAAAAAGCCGGAGGGAUGCAGAUACAAGGAAGACUGGGGAAGGCAGGUUUCCAAGCCCUGGAGCUUCUGAGGACGCAGCGUUCAUAGGUCUCGGCAAAGGGACUUUCGCCAGCCUUCAGCUAAAGAAAACGGCAAGUUCUUGGCUUUAAAUAUCAGGGCAGGGACUCUGCAAGUGGGGUCCUUUCCCAGGGACUGAAUAAUCCAAUGAGAAGUAGUCGGAGACCAUUGCAGAGAUGCGCUCGGCCUUUGGAGGAGGAAAGUGAAACAAGACAAGACGCCGGGGCGAGGAGGAGGGUGAAAGCCAGCGGGGAAGAUGGACAAGUUCCGGAUGAUCUUCCAGUUCCUCCAGUCCAACCAGGAAUCGUUCAUGAACGGCAUCUGCGGGAUCAUGGCCCUUGCCAGUGCCCAGAUGUAUGCGGCCUUUGACUUCAACUGCCCCUGCCUGCCACGCUACAACCUGGCCUACGGCCUGGGCAUCCUGUUCGUGCCCCCGCUCGUCCUCUUCCUGCUGGGGUUCGUGAUGAACAACAACGUGUCCAUGCUGGCGGAGGAGUGGAAGAGGCCUACAGGCAUGAGGCAGAAGGACCCGGCCGUGUUGCGCUACAUGUUCUGCUCCAUGGCUCAGCGGGCCAUGAUCGCGCCUGCGGUCUGGAUCUCCGUGACGCUGCUGGACGGGAAGUGCAUCCUGUGUGCGUUCAGCACCUCGGUGCCGGUGGAGAAGCUGGGGAACCUGAGCUACACAGGCCUGUCAGAGAAGGAGAUGAAGAGGAUACUGGCCCGGAUCCCCUGCAAAGAGAUCUACGAUGGGCAGCAGCUCAUCCCCAAUGAGGUGGCCAUCAGAUACUUGCGCUGCAUCUCACAGGCUCUGGGCUGGUCCUUUGUGCUGCUGAUGACCAUGCUGGCAUUCCUCGUGCGGUCCCUGCGGCCCUGCUUCACGCAGGCCGCCUUCCUGAAGAGCAAGUACUGGUCCCACUACAUCGACAUCGAGCGCAAGCUGUUCGACGAGACCUGCACGGAGCACGCCAAGAGCUUCGCCAAGGUCUGCAUCCAGCAGUUCUUUGAGGCCAUGAACAAGGACAUGGGCAUGGGGCACCCCCACCUGCCUGAGAAAACGCCCUCCGAGGCAGGGGAGGAGAAGGAGAAGCUGCUGGGCAUCACGGACCAGGGCACCAUGAACAAGCUCCUGAAGAGCUGGCACAAAUGCAAGCCCCCCCUGUGCCUCCAGCAGGAGCUCUUCCAGAACAGGAACGGCUGGGCUGGGGAGAGCCAGCCGCUCAGUCCCGGCAGCCUGCCCAAGAGGGAGAUCAUCGCCUACUACAGUAGAGUAUGAGGGUGGGCUACAGAGACAGGGUCUAGGAGUGGCCCAAGGUUUCUCUUCCAAGGGAGGCAAAGACCCGCAAUCAGUCCAGAGCCCAACCCUGCCUCGCUGCGCUUCAUUAGCCGAGCAGAGACAGAGACCCCGACCCCAAUUGGGAGCGGGGGGCGAUGGAGAUGGGAGAAAGGAGAACACGGGGAAGAUGAGCACCUGGCGUCCCCCUUCCACAGCAACCAGGUUUGUGGGUGCAAAGCCACGUGGCCAUGCUGUUACCCCUUUGCACGCCCUGUAUGCUGCAGUCCCAAAUCCAGAUGGCUUUGCCUCCUAGCUGCACAGGCUACAGCUGCUCCCUGCAUCUCCAUGUGCAGCUGGUAACCUCCCCUGGAUUCAGCAGCCCUCCCAAACCAACUUUGUUGUGCAGAUGGCACCUCUGACGUAGGUCUCGGGGAAGCCCAUACACUACGGGCCAGGAUGUGACGGUAGCAAAACGGGGGUGGUUUUGUGUCCGUUGCUAAGGGCAAUACUAUGAGACUCCUGCAGGGCUUCCUUCCCUUUCAUCGCAUGCUAUUCUCCAUCUAAAAAAGGAGCAGGAACAUAAGGCACCGAGUGUGACCGACCUCUCGGCACUUAGGCAGUAUUACCAAUAACCUGCUGAGGGCACGUGCUCCUCUACACAUGCUUCUCUGGUUUUAAAGCAUGAGCUAUGAGAAAGCAUCCAGUCUUGUGACCUAACCUCACCAGUUACUAUCUGAGCUACAAUCCCAGGAUCAAAGCUCAAAUCCCUGCACGACGAGUCCCAGGGCCCAGAGGCUACAGGAAGCUUUCAAGUAAGUCUGAGCAAAGCAGCUGUGGAUGUUGCAGUGAAUUAAUUAACACACACUAGAUGCAACAGAAAUUGCUCGUCUGUGUGUCACUGGUCCUAUCCGGCUACGGAUUUGGGGAGAUUCUCUUUUAAGUCAAACAAGCUGGACUGAUGCUUC